AUGUCUAUCCCGAAAGACGACGCAGCGUGGGCUGCUCUGAUUUCUACUAUUAAAGUCUCACUUCCGGAGACUUUCCCGGAGUACCAGACACCAUUACCAUCUGAGGUUAAUCGUACGAUCGAUCACACCCAGCUGGCGUUGACUGCAACAGAACAGCAGAUCGACCAGCUGUGCGCCGAAGCCCUUCAGUACCAGUUUGCGACCGUCUGCGUCCGCCUGAACCAUGUCCGUCGCGCGGUACAGGAACUCAAGGGAAGUUCCGAUGUGAAGGUAGCUUGCGUUGUGGGAUUCCAUGAGGGCAUGUAUGAGACCUCAGAGAAAGAGCAGGAAGCCCGGGAUGCAGUUGAGCAGGGAGCCGCCGAGCUGGAUAUGGUUCUCAAGUAUCCUCUGUUGAAGGAAGGAAAGUAUACGGAUGUCUACACAGAUAUACUGGGUGUGCGGAAGGCAGCCCCGUCGCCGAUUAAACUGAAGGUCAUCCUGGAGACUUCGCAGCUCACACGCGAGGAGGUUAUUGCGGGGUCGGUCAUUGCGGAUGUGGCUGGUGCUGAUUUUAUUAAGACGAGCACGGGAUUCAAUGGACCUGGUGCCAAUAUUGACAACGUGGCCCUCAUGCGAGCCACUGCGGGUUCGGUAGGCAAUGGGUGCAAGGUUAAGGCUAGCGGAGGAGUGCGCUCCGCGCAGGAUUGUAUUCGCAUGCUGAAAACAGGAGCUGAGCGGAUUGGCACUAGUUCCGGGGUGAAGAUCAUGCAGGAAUUGAAAGGAGAGGCAGUUGGUGAGCAAGGAGCGCAGCAGGGUGUAUAUUAG